AUGUUUCUCCAAACCGCCCUUCUGGUUGCUCUCCUCCCCCUCUCUCUUGCCCAAGUCACCAAUGACUUCGAAAGUGGAUGGGAUCAGACCGCAUGGCCUAUCUACGCGCCCUCAUGUAACCAAGGCGGUAAAGUCACACUUGACACCACCACUGCACACAGUGGCAAGAAUUCCAUAAGGGUCGACGGUGCAGGAGGAUUCUGUGGGCACAUUUUCUUCGGCACAACAAAAGUCCCGAGCGGCGAUGUCUAUGUCAGGACCUACCUUAAAGCCUCCAAAGCUCUAACUGACUCCCACGUCUCCUUCAUCACUAUGCCUGACUCUGCUCAAGGCUCAGACAAGCAUCUUCGAAUCGGAGGCCAGAGUAAGAUUUUGAUGUACAACCGCGAAUCGGAUGAUGCCACCUUGCCCUCCCUCAGCCCACAGGGUAUCGCCUCCUCUACCGUCCUUCCUACCGGAAGCUGGCACUGCUUUGAAUAUCACCUGGGCACCGACGGCACCAUUGAGACUUGGUUGGACGGUACUGCUAUUGCUGGUCUUACCAGCAAAGCAGGUGUCGCCAAUCCCAACGCCGACCAGUGGCAGAAGAGCACAAUCAAACCCAAAAUCACCGGUGUUUACUUUGGUUGGGAAUCCUACGGCGGAGACGUCAACACUUUCUGGUAUGAUGAUGUUGCCGUGAGCUCGACCCGGGUUGGAUGCACUUGA